CAGCAGGCAGAGAGACAUCUAUGGAGAAAAUGGAAGGCUGUACUAGCUAGCUAGCUAGCUGGGCGAAUCCGCUAAUAACUGGAAAAUUAAUCAUGUAUAUAUCAAGGUGCAAAGAGACACAAGUGGAAUGACACUUUGCAUGUGUUGAAAAUUAGGUUUUGGCAGCCAUCAGCUCAUUGGUUACAGAGCCUUGUUACCUGUGGACGUCAGUAUGGAUCCAGUCGAAAAUAACAGUGUCACCAGUGAUAAUGCCUCAGAGGGACAGCAAAGCCAGUCAGAAGGAGCAGGUGUUGGGUCGACCAUGUCUCAGGUUAAAAAGUCCUGGGGCUUCAGGCGGACAACCAUUGCUAGAAGAGAGUUCAUGGAUGAAGUUGGGGACUUAACCCACAGUCCUCCACCUGUACGCAGAGUCAGAAAUCGUCGAACCAAUCAGACACCCCAGCCCGCUCCAGAAACCCAGGCCCCUGAGAGAACUACUCAAGCAACUAGGAGUGUUCUAGAUGACCUUGAAUGGUCAGCCCCAUCAUCACCGGUAGCAGACGAGAGCAAGCCAGGCUCAGAGGCUUCUGCAGGAGGGAGCCUUGACCCCAGCUUAUGGCAAGAUUUUGGGUCUGCCUUCCACACUGCGUUCUCACUGCUUGGUGGGGGCGAGGGCUUGUCAUUGUCAGAUGCACUGGCAGUCCCUGACAUUUUGGAAGCCACUGAUGCCAUGGAGGCUCCUCCUCCAGAGGUUAUAGAAGAAACUGAUAAUAUUGAAUCCGCUGAUGAAAUGGAGAUCUCACAACCUGUUACUCCUGAAAAUGUGGCAGGAGGGGAAGUCGAUGAUGUGGUGUUGAUUUCUAGUCAAGACGAGGACAGUGAUGAUAUGACUCUGAUACAGAUUAAGGAGCAGCUGGCAUCUCAAGUCAAGCAGGGAGACACAAGAGCUAGAGGAGGGAAAGGUGGGAAAGGAAAGGCCAGAGGAAAGGGGAGAGGCAGAGGAAGAGGUAGGGGGAGAGGUAGAGGAAGGGGCAGAGGGAGGGGCAGGGCAGUGGUGCUUCAACCAAGCAUUGCAGACCAGGAGGACAACGAUGACGAUGUGGUUCUUGUUAAUCCAUCUGAACAGCAGCUGCAACAGUUGCAAGAGGAGGAAAAAGAAAACGAUUCACCCAGCCCUGCUGACGUAGAGAUAUCAUCUGCUAACUCUGACAGUACUCCGAGUCCUGCUCAGCAGUCAAACUCAGACUGCAUAAUCAUAGACACUGAUUUAGACCAGAUUACUGCUGUUACUCCUGGCCAGUAUGAUGAUGCACCAGAGGAGGAGGAGGAAGUGGAGGAGGAGAAGAAAGACGAUAAGACUGUAGAAGAUAGUUUAGGCAUUUCAGACACAGAGGGCUCCGACUCCAAUGCUCUGUACUGCAUCUGUCGACAAAAACAAGAUAAAAGGUUCAUGAUCUGCUGUGACAGUUGCCAGGAGUGGUUCCAUGGCGACUGUGUUGGUAUCAGUCAGACGCAGGGCCGGAAGAUGGAGAGGAAAGGGGAGGAGUACAUCUGCCCCCCGUGCAUGUCGAAGAGGCAAAGCCAACACCAACCGGAGCCUCACCCUCAGCCAGAGCCAGAGCUUAGCUUUCCUGAAUGCUUGACACUGAGUCCUCCUGGUGAAGAAGAGAGGCAUGAGGAGCAGCAAGACGUCAAGGAGACUGUAUUGGUGAUGGAGGAGAAGGAGGAGGAGGCAGCUCCUGUGGUGAAGUUGGAGUCAGAGCCUGAAGCUGAGAUGGAGACCGACAGCUCUUUUCCUCUGUGCAUUGGACCCGGGUGCACCAAACAAGCCUUACAGGACUCUGUUUACUGUGGCACUGACUGCAUCCUUCAGCAUGCUGCUUUCACUAUGAAGACUCUGUCUGGUCCUAAGGUGCCCAAGCCCAGAGGACGGCCUUCAAAAAAAGCUGCCACUGCCAGACCCACUGCAAAGGGUCAGAGGUCUGGUAGGAUGUCUAAGAGAUUAGCAGGAAAGGCUGAGGAGGAAGGGGAAGAGGAGGAGGUCAAGGACGAAGAUGGAGGGCAGGAGGAGGCUGCGUCUCCCUUAGCCUGCGACCCCAGUCUCACAGAAGUUCAGGCCACUACCAUACCAUCAUCUAAGUUUAACACACCGUCUAUCGAGGACAGUAAACAGGAGGAGGCUGAAACUGAGUCUGUUGCUCCUUCAUCACAACCUCCAGUGGACACCUCGACAGAUGCUGCUCCCUCUUCCCUGCCUAUCACUGAGCCAGCCCCACCACAGAGCCACUCUCAAGAAAAAGCAAAGGAGCCAAUCAGCAGUGGAGUGUCUAAGCAGCAGUCUGCAGAAUCAAAUUCCUCUGUUCCACCCAACCCACCAAAAUCUAGUUUGUCUCCCGCUGCACAAUCCCCAUCCACCUCAGCUCCCAGACAUCAUGAAACAGGGGCCCUUAUGGUCACUAAGACCACAUACGUCAUCCCAAAGAAGCAGCCUGGACCCCAGCCUCCGUCCAGCCAUGUGUCUGCCUCAGCAUCAGGCCAGAAGUCUUCCUCAGCCCCCACACUGCUGAAUGAAACCAGAAAUCUGCUGGUGCCGCCUGCACCCAGUGCUCCCUCCUCCAGACCCUCUCAGCCCAAUAACCAGGUCAGACAGAGCAUCCAGCGCUCCCUCACCAGCAUCCUAUUCAAAAGGGUGUGUGAUUGUGAAGAUUUGGAUUUGUCUGAGAGUGAAGUUGCAAAGCUUGUCGCGAGCAUUGAGAUGGAGAUGUUCGACAUAUUUCGCAACACAGACAGCAAAUACAUGAACAAGUACAGAACUAUCAUGUUCAACCUGAAAGACCCAAGAAACAAGGGCUUGUUGUAUCAGGUUGUACGAGGAGAGAUCAAACCCUUCAGACUGGCCAGGAUGAGCCAGAAGGAUAUGCAGGCUAUCAAAGCAUCAGAGCCAAGUCCAAAAGAAACAACAGAGGGUAAAGAUGCAGCUCCUAAAGUGACAAGUUUGCUGCAGAAGCCGGAAGCAGUGAAGGUUGAUUUGCCCAGUUUGAUUCCCCAAAGACCCAGUCGAAGCACGGUUGCUCCCCAGGAACAGAAGAAAAGUCUUCCUGCUCCUGCUCUUAAGACCAGAACAAGCCAGCCAAGCCAGCCAAGCCAGGGCAACGCUCUGCCAGAUAUUCUUGCCUGCAUGCUGAAGGACACAACAUCAGAGCACAAAGCUCAUCUCUUUGACCUGAAAUGCAAGAUAUGCACAGGCCAAAUACUACCUGGAGAAGAGGAGGAACCCAUGAAGAAAAAACCCAGAGUUUGUGAAACAAAAGAAAAACAUGAACCCUUUUGGAAAAAGUCUGCAGGAGAUGACUCCCCACUGCGGGCGCCACCUGACUCACCUGAUAUGGAUUCUCCAACAUCAUCCCUAAUGGAUCCUACAUCCCGCCUUAUCAUUGAUGCUCCACCUUUGACCAUAGUUGAAUCCCCUGCUUCCCCCGUAAUGGACUCCCCAGCCUCUCCUAUGUUAGAGUCUCCAGCUUCCCCUGUCAUGGAGUCCCCUGCGUCCCCAACUCAGGACAAUUCUAAAAGUACUACACGAAAGAGAGCAUACACACCAGUUGUGAUUCCAGCUGUCUCAACAGUAACCAUCACAAGGCGUGAUCCCCGCACUGCAGCAAGCAGGUUCUCUGCUCCGUCUAGUGGCACCUCGGGUCUCAGCAACACAACUCCUAACCAAUUAGUCCCUUAUGCUCCUCUUAAAGACACUAGUUCUGCACUGCCCUCACCACCAGCCCCUUCACGACCACCAACGAAACCAUUACCUAAAUCUAUCUUAAUGAAGCCAUCUUCCUCUGCAGAUCCCAGACUCUUUGGCACAUCCUCAAGGACUGUGAUCUCUGAAUCCCCAGCUGAUGGUGAGACUUCUCAGUUCUUGGCGAAGCAAGACAUACUGUGGAAAGGCUUCCUUAACAUGCUCACUGUGGCCAAGUUUGUCAGCAAGGGGUAUCUGGUUUCAGGAUCUGCUGAAAAUCUCAAAGCGGACCUACCUGAUACCAUACAGAUCGGAGGACGAAUCCUGCCUGAAACAGUGUGGGACUAUGUUGCCAAACUUAAGACCUCUGUUACGAAGGAGUUAUGUGUGAUCCGGUUUCACCCUGCAACAGAGGAGGAAGAGGUGGCCUAUGUCUCCCUGUUUUCCUAUUUUAGCAGCAGAGGUCGUUUUGGUGUGGUUGCAAAUGGCAGCCGUUCCAUCAAGGAUGUAUACCUUGUCCCGCUCAGUGCAAAGGAAUCCAUCCCAUCCAUACUGCAACCUCUUGAAGGACCAGGGCUUGAAAAAAACAGGCCCAAUCUCCUUCUGGGUCUGGCAGUCAUCCAGAAGGCAAAACGUCCAGGAAGCUUGCCUCAAGAAAUUGAAGAGAAAAGACCCAAAGUUCAUUUGUCCAAAGACCCUAUGUGGAUCCCGAAGCCCCCAGUUCUCUAUGGCUCUGACAAACUGGAGAUAUUCCAACCUUACGACCCAGAGACUCCUGCUAGCACCACCCCUCCUGGCUCACCACCUUGCCCUGGGUCACCAUCAGACUCUUCCUCUUCAGGUUCAAUUACCAUACCGUCUCGUUUGACUUCCAUUAGAACAAACCCUCCUGUUUCUACCUCAGCUGCUGUUGCUGCCAUUAAGCCCACCUCUGAUAGGAUCUCUGACAAAAAUUCCAAAACAGCAUCUAGUAAUAACACACCACUGCAGACUAUCUUGAAGAGUUUGUUUGGCAACAAGCAAACUGACUCUGUGGUCUCUUCUGAUGGAAGUUCUACAACAGCAGUUAGUGAUAAGAAGGUCCCAGUGUUUUCUCAGGUGUCAGGAUCAAUGGUGGAUCCCAUUGUACAACAGUAUGGACAGAAAUCAAAAGUGAAAAACAUAGAACAAGAAGAAGAAGAAAAUGACUUUGACCGACCAUAUGACCCAGAAGAAGAGUAUGAUCCAGCAAUAGGAUAUGGAGUGGUUGCUCCUCAGAGCGCGAAACAAAUUAAGGCAGAUGGCCCUGCAGCAUCAGGCUCUGUAGACGAUGAUGUGGCCUAUGAUCCAGAGGACGACACUAUCUUUGCAGAUAUUCAAAGUGAUAUUGUUGUGACAAAGCCCCCUGUUCCAACUCAAACAGCAGACUCUCCAUCAUGCCCAAUCCCAGUUUCCACCCAGACUGCAAUGCCAGCUCCCACCAAGACUGUAACGCCAGCUCCCACCCCAACUCCAGCACAAACCUCUACUCCAGCUGAAGCAACGCAGAACAUUCCUGCAGGCACUGUGGUUGUCUCAGCUGCAACACUAACUGAACAACAGCGGUUGCUUGAGGAGCUCAAUAAGCAGAUCGAGGAGCAAAAACGCCAGUUGAAGGAGCAGGAGGAGGCACUACGUCAACAGAGAGAGGCUGUGGGUAUGUUUAUGGCUCACUUUUCUGUUUCUGAUUCACUGAUGUCUCCCCCACAAAAAUCUUUGCCUCCCAGUCAACUGUCAGAAUCAACGGACAAGACCAGCAACCUUACAGAGAAUGUAGACAAUUCAAAUGUAGAUUCACAGACUGUUAAGCUAGAAGAUAAAGCUGCCAUCCCUAGAUUAGAGAAUGAUACCGAUUCUGUUGCAGAGCAAGAUGAAACACAGGACAAUCUUAAGGAAAGUGACAAGUAUUCCUCUGCUGGAGAGAUUGCAGAUUCUGAUGUAGCUUAUGAUCCUGAGGACGAAUCACUUUUUAAUGAAAUUCAAGAUGAUGUAUUUCAAGGAGGCAGUAAGUCUCGUGAUUCAUCUUUGUCUAGAACAGGGCAUAGUGCCAGCCGCAAGGGCACUCAGAAUUCACACCAUAGCAGAAAGCGAAGGCUAUCACCAAAGAAGCGGACGCAUCGUGAAAGGGACAGCCAUAGAAGUCCUUCAAGAAGAUCCCAGCAGCGUUCUCCUUCACAUUCCAGGAGACGUAGAGAAAGGGAUAGACACAGAAGAAGUGAAAGGGACAGGUCAAGGCAUAGAGCUAGAGAUCAGUCUGAGCGCCAAGGUCGCCACCGUAAAGAGCAUUCCACACGCCGUCAUUCUCAUGGCCAUAGAAGAUCCCCAUCAGCUCCUAGAAAAAAAGAUUCUGGGUCCCUUUCACCGAAACAGCACAGAGGACUUUCCCCUCAAGUCCUUGAGAAAUCAAAACCUUUAAAUGUUUUGUGUAAUGUUCCAGACUCUUCAGACUCUGUUGUUGGACAAAUUGUAGACAGUAACACAUCAUUUACGUCGAUUACUAUUAAAAAGGACCCGGAUGGACUUCAGCUUAAAAGUAAUCUUGUUGAGAGUGUUGAUAAAGGCUGUUCUCCCUGUUCACAUGAACUUCCUCACAAUAUGAAGCUUGAGACUUCAGAACCACUAAAAUCCCAGGAGCCUGAGAAAACUGUAGUCAGCCAUGACAACGCUGGCAGUGCUUCUUCUACUCAGGUGGAUAAACCCUCUCAACAGGAAACUCUGUUUACAAGCAAAUUUGAAAAUACAAUUCCUCUAAGAGAACUUGAUCCGCCAAUUCGAGAUUCUCCUCAGAGCCCUGAUCCAGAGCCACAGUUUGUGAAACCUAGCAGCGUAGAAAAGAUUGAGACUGUUAAGACUGAGGAAAUCAGAGAUCCUGAGACACAUACCAGUGUCUCAAUGCCACUAAUAAAAGUUGAAAAUAAUUUUCUGCCUAUUGGUGGUCAAGCAACAGUGUCCACUACACUGUGGCCUAUUGCUGGAGGUCCAGUAUCAAACCUUAGAAAUAUGGAUUUUAGAUCUCUAAAUCUGCAGGUCCCAGUUGUCAAAGAUAAAGGUAUGACACAGGCAGACAAGCAGAUAGAAGGAGGAAGUCCAGGUUUGAAGCAUCCAGUAAUACAAGGUCAAGGAGGGGGGCAUUCCAAGCCAGCUGCAGGUUUUCAAGGUUCAGGCCCUGAAAUAAACCCAGUGACAAAUUGUCCAGAACCUGGUACGAGUGAUCUAGGGAUUAGGAAUGCAGGAUCAGAUAUGAAAGAACUUGGACAAAGGGGACCACAGAUAGAUCUUAGGGAAACUGGAAUAAGAUUCCCAGGGUCUGACAUGAGAGUCCCAGGCAUGCAAGGCAUAAGUCCCAACAUUUGGGGUCUUGGAUCACACACACAAGACCUAUCUAGUAUACAAGGGAUGAUCACAAAAGUCAAAGGUCCAGGCCCUGAUAUGAGACAUAGUGAAUCACAAAUAAGAGGACAAGUACCUGUACCAAUAGUUACAGAUUUAGAUAUGGGAGGAUCAGGCCUACAGAAUGAGAGGAGAGAUCCAGUCAUGAAGAGACCUUCCCCAUAUAGAUCUGGGCCUGAAAUAAGGGGCAUAAGGGAGCCUUUAUCAGCUAUGUAUCAUCCAAUUCCAGAAAACCCAGAUAGCAGGCCAGAUGUAAUGGCAAUAGGGAGAGAUCAAUCUUUUGGGGGUCUACAGAUAGAGGGUAGGGCUCAAGAUAUAGAAAGAGGUAGAGGUGAUAAAGAUAGGGGUGGAAGUCCACAUGCUGGAGCUGUAAGAUCUGCUAUGAUAGGUAGAGGUGUUAGAGAUCAAAGUCCAGGUUUAAGGAGACCAGGUCCAUCUUUUAGGGGCUCAGGAAUAGUUCAGAGGCAAUUAAGGCAUGAUGGCAGUCCAAUUUUAGAGGAAAGGGGCCUUUUGAAAAUGGGUUUUCAGGCACAUGGAAGAGAUGCAGACUUGAGCAGGGUGGGUGGUGGUAGAGAAAGGAGUUUAGAUCCAAAUGCAGCUACAGGUUCAGAGGGUAGGCUUUUAAGAGCAGAUAUACCAUCCCCAGCAAUGACAGAUGAGAGGUGGGGCUUACAAAGAGGGCAAGAUGUACCCAUGAGAGGACCAGGGCCAAACAUUAAUUAUGAAGGUGGCGGGUCUAACAUGUCCUGCAUCGGACAAGACGGUAGUGGGCCUAAAGAACAGUUCAAUGAGUUACAGCCCAAUAUUAGGGCUGAAAGGGGGGUGCAUGGCCCUGAGGUGAGACAAUCAGAAUUAAGAAGACCAGAUAUGGCAGAGAGUGGUUAUAUAGGGCCUGGUCAGGAUGUAGGUAGUACAAGUGGCUCAGAUAAAAGGGGUAUUGGCAUGCCAAACAUUACAAAUCCAGAUUGGAGAGGCCCAGGACUAGGUGUUGCUGGUCCUGAUAUGAGGGGUCAAAAUAAAAGCCUCGGCCCACAUAUGAGGGGUCAAAAUUGGAGUGACCCGGGAUUAGACAUAAGAGAUGAUUGGAGAGGGCCAGAUAGGAGAAGAUCAGAUCAAGUCAGAGGACAGCCAUUUAUACAAGAUGAAUGGGGAGUCCAUCGGCCUGAUAGGAGAAGUCCAAACAUGGAGAGCCAGGGGCCUGGCAGAAGGGGUGCUGAAGAUGUAGACAGACCAGGGUCUGAAAUGAGUGGUUUAAACAUGAAAGACCUUAGGCAUGACAGGAGAGGACCGGGAGGUCCAGACUUCAUGGGACCAGAGCCUGAAAGGACUGGUCCAACUAUUGACAAUCUAGGACCUGGCAUGCGAGGACCAGGGGUUCCAGACUUUUUAGAACCAGGACUUGAAGGGAGGGGUCUAGCUAUGGCCAGUCUGGGUCCUAACAGGAGAGGGCCUGGGGGUCCAUAUUUCAGAGGACCAGGACCUGAGAGGAAAGGUCCAGCUAUGGAGGGUCAUGGACCUGGCAUAAGAGGACCAGGUCCAGAUUUCAAGAGAGGUCCUGAUGUAGUUGGUUUGGGGUCUGACAGAAGAGGACUAGGAGAUAAAGAUGUCUGGGGAACAGGGCCUGAAAGGAGAGGUCCAGCAAUGGAGGGUCCUAUGACUGACAGGAGAGGACCUGGAGGUCCAAAUUUCAGUGAACCAGGGCCUGAAAGCAGAGGUUUAUCUAUGGAGGGUCCAGGGCUUGCUGGGAGAGGACCCGUAGGCCCAGAUUUCAGAGGACCAGGACCUGAAAGGAGAGGUCCAGCCAUGGAGCAUUGUGGGCCUGGUGGGAGAGGACCUGGAGGUCCAGAUUUCAGAGGACUUAAACCUGAGAGAAGAGGUCCAACUAUGGAGGUUCCUGGGCCAGACAGAAGAGAACACGAAGGUCCAGAUUUCAGGGAAACAGGACCUGAAAGAAGAGGUCCAGCCAUGGAGCAUUGUGGGCCUGGUGGGAGAGGACCUGGAGGUCCAGAUUUCAGAGGACUUAAACCUGAGAGGAGAGGUCCAACUAUGGAGGUUCCUGGGCCAGACAGUAGAGAACACGAAGGUCCAGAUUUCAGGGAACCAGGGCAUGAAAGGAGAGGUCCAGUUAUGGAUGGCCCUGGGCCUGACAGGAGAGGACCUGGAGGUCCAGAUUUCAGAGGACCAGGGCCUGAAAUGAUGCAUUCAUCUAUGGAGCAUCCUGAAAGGGGAGGUCUGGCUAUGGAUGCUCCAGGACCUGACAGGAGAGGACCUGGAGGCCCAGAUUUCAGGGGACCGCGGCCUGAGAGGAGAAGUUUAUCUAUGGAGCAUCCUGAAAGGCGAGGUCCAGCUAUGGAGGGUCCUGGGCCUGAUAGGAGAGGACCUGGAGGCCCGGAUUUCAGGGGACCAGGACCUGAGAGGAGAAGUUUAUCUAUGGAGCGUCCUGAAAGGAGACGUCCAGCUAUGGAGGGUCCUGUGCCUGAAAGGAGAGGACCUGGCGAUUUAGAUUUCAGGGGACCAGGGCCUGAAAGGAGAGGUCCAGCUAUGGAGGACCCUGGUCCUGAAAGGAGAGGUCCAGUCAUGGAGGGUUCUGGGCCUGAUAGGAGAGGAUCUGGAGGUCCAGAUUUCAGGGGACCUGGGCCUGAAAGCCAAGGCUUAUUUAUGGAGGGUCCUUGGCCUGACAGUAGAGGACCUGGAGGUCCAGAUUUUAGAGGACCAGGGCCUGAGAGGAGAAAUGUAUCUAUGGGGCGUCCUGAAAGGAGAGGUCCAGCUAUGGAGGCUCCAGGAUCUGACAGAAGAGGAUCAGGAGGUCCGGACUUCAGUGGGGCAGGUCCUGAUAUGGACAGUCAAGAGCCUGAUAGAAGAGGACCGAGAGGUCUAGAAUUUCAGAGACCGGGGCCUGAAAGUAGAGGUCUAGCUACGGAUGGUAGAGGGCAUUAUAGAAGAGGACCAGGAGGUCCAGAUUUAAGUGGGCCUGGGUGUGAAAGGAGAGGUCCCUUUAUGGAGGGUCAAGGUCUUGACAGAAGAGGACCAGAAAAUCAAAACACUGGACCCGGUUCUGACAGGAUAGGACCAUAUAUGAGGGGUCCUGGGCCUGACUUCACAGGACUGGGGCCUGAAAGAAAUGGUCCAGAAGGUCUAGGCCCUCACAAUAGAGGACAGGAGGGACCACACUUUAGGGGUCCUGGGCCAGAAAGUGAACAUCCAAAUAUUGAGGGCCCAGGGCCUGACAGGAGAGUUCCAGACAUCUGGGGACCAAGGCCAGAAAUACCAGGUCCCAAUAUGGAGAGUUCAGGACCCAACAGGAGAGUGCCAGGAGGUCCAGAUAUGAGAAGGCCAAAUUUGGGCCCAAACAGAGAAGGCCCAGGGCCUGACAGGAGAGGUCUAGAAGGUCCAAAUUUCAGAGGACCUAUGUCAGAAAGAAUACCUCCAGAUGUGGCAGGCCCAGAGUUUGAUAGGAGAGGUCCACACUUCAAAGGAGUGAGGCCUGAAAGAACUGAUAUGGAGGGUCCAGGGCCUGAUAGGAAACGUCCAAGAGGUCCAGAUUUUAGAGGACCAGGUUGUGAAAGUAGAGAUCCAGACAUUGAGGGCCCAGGGCCUGAUAGACAAGAACCAGGAGGCUCGGGCUUCAGGGAGCCCGGGCCUGAAAGGAUAGGACCAGAUAUGGAGGGCCCAGAACAAGAUUGGAGAAGAUCAGGUGGCCCAGACUUUAGAGGCCCAGGCUUUAGGCAGACAUGUCCAAAUACAGAAGGUUCAAGACAUAGAAGAGAUGGCUGGGGAGAUACUGACUUUAGUGGGUCAGAACCUAUCCAAAUUAACCCAGAUCCAGAGGGCCAAGGACCUGAUAGAAUAGGUAGAAACUUGAGGGGUUCAAGGCGUAUGAGGGGAAACAGAGGCCCAGGGCCAGAUAGGCGCAGUCUAAAUCGGGGAGACAGAUGGAAAGGGCCAGACUUCAGGGGCUCUGGACCUGAUAGAAGAGGCACAGACACAGAGGAGCAGUGGUCAGAUGGAAGAGGUCCUGAUAUCGAGUCUGUAGGAAAUGGAAGAGAAUGUUCAGAUGGUGACUGGAAAAGACAUGGCAGCAGGGGUCCAGGGCCCAUCCAAGAAGAUCCAGGUGACCAGGUUCAAGAACACAGUAGACAUGGUCCUCAUAGGGAAUGGAGAGGCCCUGAAAGUAGGGGACCAAGGGCCAUACAGGAAAGAUCAGAUAUGCAAUUUCCAGGGCAUUUGAGAGGUCCAGGAGAUGAGUGGAGUGGACCUGGUUUCAGGGGUCGGGGGCCUGUCCAGGAUGACCCAGAUAUGGUAUGCCCUGGCCCCAUAAGGGAAAGACCUGGAAAUGAAUGGAGAGAUUCUGAUAGACCAUUUUUCAGUGGGGAAAAUGAUCCAGGCAACAGGAGACACGGCCAUGAUAGAAGAGGUCCAGGAAUGAGAGAACCAGGAUCAGAUAUGAGAAGGGGUCCAGAUAUGGGGAAUGACCGGAGGCAGGCUGAUUUUAGAGGUAAUAUAAGAGGGCCAAACAUGGAAGGACCAGGGGCUCAUAGAGAAGCUCCAGACUUGAUGAAUUCGUAUACAAACAGGAGAGGAUUUGAGAUAGAAGGUCCUGAUAGAAGAGGCCCAAGAGGUCCAGAUUUAAGACGAUCAGGGCCUGAACACAGAAAUAAUGAGGGCCCAGGGUUUGAUAGAAGAGGUCCAGGCAUGAUUGGUUCAGGGUUAGACUCAAGGGGGUCUGAGCCAGCCUUGAAUGAUGACAUGCAAGGGUUAGAUGUGAGGAGCCCAAGGUGUGAUAGCAGAGGGUCAGACAUGACAGCAUCAUCCCAUUUCAAUAGCCCUCAUGAAGUUACCAGAUUCCAGGGCCCACGUGAUCCACAUUCUGCACCACACAAUAGACCCCCAGGUCCAGCUCGUAACAGCAGAGAAAACUCAUGCCCCCGUUUUGACAAUAAACAAAAUCAGCCAGCUGUAAAGCCCCAGAGACACAGAGCUGGCUUACUUCCCACUCCAACAGAAGGUCUCAUACGCUUCCCAAAUCGUAUAAUGAACAAUCCUGAUGUCUUCAGUCCGAAACGAAAACAAAUAGGUCACCCAACAGACAGGGAGUGGAGUAGAGAUAGACCAGUGAGUCGGGAAAGAGAACUGGUCAAAGAGCAAAGACAGGAGCAGGAAAAAAGUCCUGCUAGUAAAAUUAGCAACCCUGUAGAUGCAAGCAAAAAGGCUGGAAAAGGAAAAAAGGAAGUGGACAAUAAAAUUGAUAAACAGGGUGCAUGUGUAGAAACUAAAACCACUCAAAGCACGGAACAGUGAUGGAAAUAAAAGCAAUGUCCAGCUAAGUUUGACACAGGAUAAAAAACAUGACGUGUGCACCCUUCAGAACAGUAAGGCUGUUGGAUUAUAAAGGUUUAGUAUCAAAGAGAUACUAUAGCAUAACACACAUUGAAUGUAUUUUUCUUAAGGAGAGUGGUUGUCCAUGUCUUACUGAGAUUUCAACAAGACCUACAGGCAAAGCCAGUGUGAAAGAUCAGACAUUGUAGCUUGAUAUGGAAAUGCUCAGAGGUAUAUUACAUUCUAGUUUGUCUUGUAUUCAAAGUAGAUACAUUUAUUUUUGUUAUAUGCCUAAAUGCCUCUUAAAUCUAAUCCAUCACUUGUAAAUUUAACUUGAUGUGCAAUUUUAGUUGGAAAUAGUUAGAAAUGUUUUGUACAGAAAAGGUUCAGUUUUUUGUUUCUUUGUUUUUUAACAUAGCCAUAGUGUAAGUACAGUAGCCUUGAUCUGGCUGUUAUGUUCUUCUGCUGAUAAAAAAGGCUUGUUUCAUUGACCUUUUAGAAUCCAAGAAGUCAAUAAAAUGACAUACACUUUUUUUUUUACAUUUGUAUUCAGUCUGAUUUUGUCAUCAUUAUUUGGAAUUGAUUGAAUGCUUUGUGAGUGGUGCCCAAAUCUGUUUCUUUAAAAAGCGAAUCCCCUGUUACAGCACAGAGCCAGGGCUGUUCUGUUUGUGGUAAUAUAUUAUGGCUUAUCUUUUUAAAGAUACAAUUAAAAAGUCGUCAUCUGUAGAGGUUGAUGGCAUAUUUUCCAUUUUGCCAGAGAG